CGAAGGCUUCGCCCGUCGCCGGAACUGCGAGCUCUCAGCGGGAGCCGAGACGGUGCAGGACCCAAGAAGCGCCUUCUUUCCCAGCCUGCGCCCCGAUGCUGCGCGUCCUGUGCCUUCUGCGCCCCUGGAGGCCCCUUUGGGCCCGCGGCUGCGCUUCCGACGGUGCGGCCGCGGGCUCCGAGAUCCAAGUGCGCGCCCUGGCAGGUCCGGACCAAGGGAUCACUGAGAUUCUGAUGAACAGACCUCGUGCCCGCAAUGCCUUGGGGAACGUCUUCGUCAGUGAGCUGCUGGAAACUCUGGCCCAGCUGCGGGAGGACCGGCAAGUGCGUGUCCUGCUCUUCAGAAGUGGAGUGAAGGGUGUGUUCUGUGCGGGUGCAGACCUGAAGGAGCGGGAACAGAUGAGUGAAGCAGAGGUGGGGGUGUUUGUCCAGCGACUCCGGGGCCUGAUGAAUGACAUCGCUUCCUCGGCCAUCAUGGGACUGAUUGAGACCACGCGAGGGCUCCUCCCGGGGGCAGGAGGGACUCAGAGGCUGCCACGCUGUCUGGGGGUGGCCCUGGCGAAGGAGCUCAUCUUCACGGGCCGACGACUUAGUGGAAGAGAGGCCCACGCACUGGGGCUGGUGAAUCACGCUGUGGCCCAGAAUGAGGAGGGUGACGCCGCCUACCACCGGGCACGAGCACUGGCCCAGGAGAUCCUGCCCCAGGUGGACAUUGCAUCUGGGAUGGCCAUUGAAGGGAUGUGCUAUGCCCAGAACAUUCCAACCCGGGACCGGCUAGAGGGCAUGGCAGCCUUCAGGGAGAAGCGGCCCCCCACAUUUGUUGGUGAAUGACCCCCACUUUAACCUUCAGCUUGGGAGAUGCAUGCCCUGAAGAGCAGGAUCCAGAAGGAAGAUUUGUGGCCGGACUGCCUUCAUUAUUUCACCUCUCCAGGCUUCCGUUUCUUCACAAGGAUGAUGAUGGAGAUAAAAUGACUGGCGUGAUGCCUAGAACCAAGGUGCUGAUCCUACCACCUACUGCUGCCUUCCUUAGCUUCACCCUGGCUAGAAAUAAUCACGAGGGUUGGGUUUGCUUUGGAAAAUGCCUGUCUCGCUACUUGAAUGAUAAAGAAUUAAAUUAGAUCUCUCUGAGUCUUGGUCUCAUUGGCUCUCAGCCCCUGACCUCUCUUAGUUAUCAGGCACUCACUCACUAGAGCUGUCAAAAGAGUUUAAGGUACCCCUAGUUUCUUCCUGUGGACAACAGAGGUAAUAAAUAAACUCUGACAUUGGUUGAACAUGUGUCAGGAGUCAAACUGCA